GCUGCUUCUACACAUGCUCACAUGGGGAGCUGCUGCUAGCCGGAUUGCUGGUUGCUUGGAGGCUGCUGGGAGCCCUUGUUCCCUUGCUCCUGAGGCAGGAGGGAAAGGAGCCCUGUGGCUUGCAAGUGGUGGGGGAGAGGUUGCAUUGGCAGUGCAAGGCUCUCGCUGUUUCCCCCCCAGGGCUGGGGUGUGUGCUUAGCAGUGUAGAGGUCUUGGGGGAAUCCUUUUUCCUCCAUCACAGCUGUAGCUAUGGGAGCAGAGCAGAGUGCAGAAGCUGAGAGCCGGCCACAUGAUCUGAGCUCUUCAGCAUCGCCCUCUCCAGCUAAGCACCGUGCUAAGAUGGAUGAUAUUGUUGUGGUGGCCCAGGGAACUCAGUCCUCAAGAAAUGUCAGCAAUGAUCCCGAUGUCAUAAAAUUGCAGGAGAUACCAACUUUCCAGCCGCUUUUGAAAGGGCUUCUCAGUGGGCAGACCUCACCUACAAGCACCAAACUGGAGAAACUGGACUCUCAGCAAGUGCUACAGCUGUGCCUCCGGUACCAGGAUCAUCUUCACCAGUGCGCAGAAGCUGUUGCUUUUGAUCAGAAUGCUUUAGUGAAACGAAUUAAAGAGAUGGAUGCUUCUGUGGAAACGCUGUACGGCUUCAUGCAGGAACGCCAGAAAAGGUAUGCCAAGUAUGCAGAGCAGAUUCAGAAGGUCAAUGAGAUGUCUGCCAUCCUCCGCCGCAUACAGAUGGGCAUUGACCAGACAGUCCCACUCAUGGAGAGGCUGAACAGCAUGCUGCCUGAGAAUGAAAGGCUGGAGCCCUUCAGCAUGAAACCGGAUCGGGAGUUUAAGUCCUAGUUGCCCCAGACUCCUCUUCCUAACCUUCUCAUUCUAGCAUCCCGAGUGAGGACGUGUUUCCAGUAAGUUUGAUUGGCAGCCUUUUGGAACAGACAGCAUUGCUGCCUGACUCUUUGCCAGGGCUUUGAGAAGAGACCUGCGACAUUGGCAGAACUGAACUGAAACAGUGUGGCCAGCAAUAAAGGAGCUGCCUCCUCUGGUUGUUCCGAGAAGAAAAAUAAACUUUCUUCAUCAGAGCCUCCAGCACCACCACUCGUAUUGAAACAUUUACUUUGUUCCUGUUACUAGACUUGGUCUCAGGGAGGAGCAAUCCUUCCAUCUGUUCUUUUAUUAGAAAAAUUCAUAGGGAUACUGGAUGCAAUAAACCUAAUUAACUUUC